AUGCUUCAGAAUAAAAUUUCAAGCCACGACCUUCAACAUCAGCGUCAAAUGGUCGACCAACUGAGAAGAGAAGUGAAACUGGAUCGUUUGAAAGUAUCACAAUGUGCCAAUGAUAUCCUGCAAUACUGUGAACAACAAGAAACACAAGACCCUUUGCCAAGAGCUAGUCUUUAUGCUAGUGAUGUAUUGAAUAAACGCAUAUGUGUGGACUCAAAUAUCAGUAUGAUGAUCAGGAUUGAUAAAGCAAAGCAAGUGUUGGAUGAAGUAGUGACUGGAGCAGCACGACAUGCCUCGCCGUCACGUGAAAUAGCUACGGAAUUGCAAAAGUUUGUGACCGAGGAUGCACCACCAAACCCUCCCGACCCUCCCCCCGUAAGUAGACCACGAUCACAGGGAAUUCGGGAAAGACGUCGCACAAAGCGUCUAGAGGAGAUUCGUCGUGCGAAAUAUGUUGUCAUGGAAACUACGUCCGGCAGUCGUAGUGAACGUGAAGUAGGUACAGCUAAAGAGAAGAAAAGACGAAGAAGGCGUCGAGCGGAGAACAGCAGUAAAACAGGAGAAACAGAUACACUUUUGACAAGAAAGAAUAAACAGAAUCGACAAAAACUGCCAGAUGGAGAUCUAGAAAAGGUAACAUCGAUGUCAUUUCCUACCUUACCAUCACUGUUCAUGAGGUUCAAAAAACCCAGAAGACAACAAGGGACUUCAAAACCAACCAAAGACUUCCUGCAUCAGGCAGAAUAAUAACAUACGCAAAC